GUGUCUAAUAACCAAGAGCGAAUUGCAGUCAUAUUGAUCUGUCUUUUAUCCAUUUGAUUAGCUCCUUGUAUUCAUUUGUGCUUUGGCAUAGUAAUGUGGCAUACCUCCUGCCUUACUACAGUCCCAUUUGGCUUUGAUGGCCAGGUCUGUCUGACAGAGUGAUCCCAUGUCGGCUUAUGACUGUAUGUAUAUAUAUAAGUAUGCAUGUAUGUAUAUAGCCACUUAAUGUAUCAAGAUGCUCAAUGAAUUCUGCUGGUGAGUGUGUUUUAUGGAAGUGCUUCUCCUUUGGUCAGAACCUAAAAAAGGAGAAGACAAUGGGGCUUUUGAAAGUGUCAGUAUGUGUUGGGGUCAUAGUUUCGGAGGCUCUGGCUCACUGUGACUCCUGAGUAGUUUUAGCACAAUGUCAUUCUUACUGCUGACCAUAUACAAAUUAUAUUUCUUUUGCAUGUUAAUGUCAGAGUAGCUGAAAGCCACCGGUAGGUAUGUACUUAAUGACAUCAGCUGGCAAAGAGCCCUGGUAACAGAGAGAGCAAAAGACAGAGAAGCAAAGGAGAGCUAGAUAGGGAGUGUGUGUGUGUGUGUGUGUGUGCAUGCUCUUGUGCAUAUACGCAGCAGAUCUGGGUAUUCUGGCAAGGUAAAGAGCUGGUCUGUUUGGCAGGACCUUCCCAUCUGGGAUCCAUCUGUGUUUCUCUGGAACCGGACAGGCGGCUCUAAGUCAGUGAGAAAUCGCAGAUGUGAGAGAGCUGACACAUGUCCAGCUAAUGAAAAGAGAAGGAAGGGUGGUUGCAGGCUCGGCUUGAGGAUUAGGAGCCGCAAAAGGAAGACCAUUUUUUAUUUGUAUUUUAAAGAAAUUGGGUGUCUGCGACGACCACCUGAUUACUUGGGCCCUUGGGUACAUACGUUGCUAGUGAGAAGAGGGUACCAGUAAUGCCAGGAUCCCCCGUGGAAGUCAAAAUACAGUCAAGAUCUUCUCCAUCCAGCAUGCCACCACUGCCACCUGUCAACCCUGGAGGACCUCGACCUGUCUCUUUUACCCCAGCAGCAUUACCCAAUGGGAUGAACCAUUCUCCCCCGACACUGAAUGGAGCACCGUCGCCACCUCAGAGAUUCAGCAAUGGGCCUGCCUCCUCAUCUUCAUCUUCUCUGACCAAUCAGCAGCUCCCCGCUACCUGUGGGGCUCGACAGCUCAGCAAACUGAAGCGUUUCCUUACCACCCUCCAACAGUUUGGCAAUGACAUUUCACCAGAGAUUGGGGAGAAAGUCCGGACCCUUGUUUUGGCAUUAGUGAAUUCUACAGUGACAAUAGAGGAGUUCCACUGCAAACUUCAAGAGGCCACUAAUUUUCCUCUUCGUCCAUUUGUGAUUCCAUUCUUGAAGGCCAACCUUCCACUUCUGCAAAGGGAGCUGCUGCAUUGUGCUCGGGCAGCCAAACAGACCCCUUCCCAGUACCUAGCCCAGCAUGAACACAUCCUGCUGAAUACAAACACUGCCUCCCCGGCUGAUUCUUCGGAGCUGCUGAUGGAAGUGAACGGGAAUGGAAAGAGGCAUAGUCCAGACAGGAGGGAAGAAAACAGCUUUGAGAGAGAGCCGCUCCCAUCAGAGCCUCCUGCUAAGAGGGUGUGCACCAUUAGCCCAGCACCGAGGCACAGUCCAGCUCUGAUGUUGCCUGUCAUAAAUCCAGCUGGGCAGUUCCAUCCUACUCCACCCCCUCUCCAGCAUUACACCCUGGAAGACAUUGCAACAUCCCAUUUGUACAGAGAUCCAAGCAAGAUGUUAGAGCAUAGAGAACUGAGAGAUCGACAUAGUAUAGGAUUAAAUGGCGGUUAUCAAGAUGAACUUGUGGAUCAUCGUUUAACAGAGAGAGAGUGGGCUGAUGAAUGGAAGCAUCUUGACCAUGUAAGAAACUGCAGAAAGUAUGUCUUGGCAUUGAACUGCAUCAUGGAAAUGGUAGAGAAGACCAGGCGCUCCAUGUCUGUUCUCCGCCGUUGUCAAGAGGCUGAUAGGGAAGAGCUCAAUUACUGGAAGAGACGGUGUAGUGAACCCACAGAGCCGCGGAAAGGGGGAAGUGACAUCAUCACAAGGCAGCACAGCCCAGGGAGCUCAGACUCUAUUAACAGUGAAUCUCAGCGGGAGUUCAGCAGCCGGUCAGGAGGAACUGCCAGUUAUGUCACAGAGGAGAUAUGGAAAAAGGCUGAUGCUUGUAAACAGAUGGUUGUAAACAGAAUCAUUGCAUUGUGGACAAAUGAGGCUGAGAAGGAGAAGAAAGUGCCACCCCAAAGCAUCAGCAGCCAAAGGAACAAAAAGGUGCCAAAUGGCAUCAAAGCAAUGCACAUGUAUCUAGAAGAAGCUGUGAAUGAAGUGAAACGCCAGGCCAUGUCUGAAGUCCAAAAGGCUGUUGCAGAGGCUGAGCAGAAGGCCUUUGAAAUGAUUGCCUCUGAAAGGGCCCGCAUGGAGCAGACCAUUGCAGAUGCAAAGCGGCAGGCCACUGAAGAUGCUUUCCUAGUGAUCAAUGAGCAGGAGGAGUCUACAGAGAGCUGCUGGAACUGUGGCCGCAAAGCCAGCGAGACGUGCAGCGGGUGCAAUAUUGCCCGCUAUUGUGGCUCCUUUUGCCAACACAAAGAUUGGGAAAAGCACCACCGGAUCUGUGGGCAGAGCUUGCACAGCCAGGUCAAACCAAUCCCUUUACCAGCAGGGCGGUCCACAUCAGCUGCUGUGAAAACCGUAGACGGGAUAGCAAGUCCAGCUUUGGAGAAGACGUCUACCACCACCUCGCGAUCCUCCACCCCAGCGUCUGUGACAGCAAUAGACUCAAAUGGUCUCUAAAAAGGAAGGUUUCAUUCAGCACAUUUUUAUUUGUUUUCUACAUUUUAAAAUAAAACACCUCAAAACGUGGUCAAAAGUUUGUCCUUCAGCACAAAGGCAUUAACGUUAUUAUGUCUGUCGCAGUUUGACAUGAUUUUUAGGAAUUCAUGUCCACCCUCCGGAACUAGGAUCUCAGGAUUGUCUCCCUGGUUUCCUGGAAUCCAUGAGGACUUUGGGCCUGUUACUUUGUUUCAUCUAAAGUUCCUUAAAUGAGAUUUUAUUGUUAUCCUGUCAUGCUUCUUAAUAGAUCAGUCUCCAUUUUAAUCACAAAGCAUAGUUGUUUGGGCAGAUUCUCCUCUCGGUUUGAAAUUUAGAUUCAUCCAUUGUACAAUCUUAGACUGUCGAUGCACACAAACACCAUGACUCUGGGCUUGAACACACUGUGGCAAGUGGGCCAUUAUUAGAAACUAUUUUCUUAGAAAAAAAAACCUCUAUCAAUUGAAAUGAGGGAUAAGAAGAAGAUUGUUUAUUAGUUCUACCUAUUUUCAUCUUCCUUCCUUCCAUCCUCUAUCCAAGGUUGUGUAUGUAUUUUUAUCAGCAUCUCACCACUCCUUUUAUUUUCCCCCACCAUUCUCAGUCUGGAUACAUGGGAUGGAAGAAGGAGGCAGCAGAAAGAUGCUAUUUUUGUUUGUUAAAAGGAGGAUCUAAAACAUCUUCAUGUAAUGACUCACCAGCUAUCUCACUUCACCCAUUUAAUCCCUUCUAGUCAGAGAGCAGAUGGUUUAUGUUGUACUUGGGGCUUGACAGAUUGAAAUGUUCAAUCCAAAGAUGUUUGCAAAAUGUUUUCCUGCUCUUUGCCAUCUUUUAAAUUGGUUUAUCUUGUAACUGUUAUUCUGUCUUUGCAUUGGAGUUGUUGGCUAUAAAUAUAUUAUUGGAGGUUCAUCCUUGUAUACAUUAGGUGCUGGUCUUUUAAUUUCUGUUCCAGUCUUUCAUAGCAUGCUCGCAAAACCAAGCAGAGUUUUGGCUAGUUAUAAUAACUUACAGAAACACCAAAGGCUACUACAGUUCUCUUUCUUCUCUCGUCAUUGUAUGUUGACUCCAAUUAAAACUUUCCUACAGGGAAAAUCUUGCAGUGUGAUACCUUGCCAAAGCAUUUGACUGUGGAUCCGAGUUCUGCCCCUUGCAUCUUUUCAUACCUACUGCGUUCUUCUGUUGUAUUUUGGAAAAUAUCUGUAGAGCAGCAGCUAGGUAAAAACAGCCCCCCCCCCCCCGAUCAUAUAGAGUCAUUCUGUUGUUUAAAACUGGGCUGAGCAACCUAUAACCCUUCAACUAUUGUUGAAUUUAUUUAUUUCGUGUCAAAAGCAUUGCAUUGUUGAAUUACAACUCCUAUUAUCCUUCCCCAUUGGCUUUGUUAGUUAGGAGUUGCAAAUUGACAGUAUUUGGAGGGCCACAACUUUUGGGGAAGAAUUUAAAUCACGAAGUUGUGUCACCCCUUAUUGAACAUGCCAAAUUGCCAACUAGACAUGAAGAUCAGACCAAAGUUAACAAAUAAGGGCAAUCACCAAAAUGCCACACGUGAAAAACUAUAGCUUUGAUACCUUGGUUGUGUAAGAUCUCAGGGAGCUGGUCAAGAGGUGAGAAGGUUAUCUUCCCAAACAUCAAGGCGCUCAAGUUUGAGUCAUUUCUUUCCACACAGCUGCUUUUAACCAACACCACAACCGCACACACAAACAAAAACAUUGGGAAAUAAUGUUUACAUAUCUCAAGUCAUCUUUAGUUUAAUAUUUAAAAGAGUCGCUCUGUAAGGUUUACUUUUGAGGCAUUAUUGUGAUUGGUUCACACAUACACUAUGUAGGAGGAAGUACACUGUGCUCUCCCACUUUUAACUUUGCAGCAAAACUGUUCUGUUUUAUUUCAAUAUUUUGCCGAUCUUCAAUCGGAAGAAGAAAAAAAUGAUGGUACAGAGUUAGGAGGAGGAUAGAAACAGAUGUUGUUUGAAUGAAGCUGAAACAUGGUUUGAUAUUGUAUCUGAACCAGAAGGGGCAACUGUCAGAGGUUAAGGGGCCAGAUUUGUGCACAACAUGGCCAGGGCUGCAUCCCCCAUUGAAGAAGAAGGUUUUCCCAUGUGUCCCUCCUUUUCUGGGUCAUUUCCUCUUGGUUAAAAAGGCUUCAUCUUGUGCUAAAAUGAUCAAAUGCCCCCCUCCCAAUACAUUUAAGGGCAUUUUUAAAAUAAAAAAUGGGUCCUGGGGGCCACAUACAGCCAACAACUAUGUUUUUCCCACCUUUAUCUAAAUCACCCCAUUUUAGGCCAAUAGGAGGUACAUUAUAAAUUAUCUUUUUUCCCCUUUUUCAUAUAUUAUGUGUCUUAAUGUAUCCAGAUAUGCAACUGCUUGGAAAAAUAACAUCCAAAAUCAUAUGUGAAACCCCUCCCUUAGUGACACAUUGCCAAAGAGGGAAAUCUUAUGAUCUGUGAGGAGGAGGAAUAAGCAUCUGAAGAUAGCAAAAUAUUCUGAUUUAUUGGCAUCUCCAGGUGGAACCAAUAAAGCAGAAGUCCAAAAUACCAAGAGCUUGAAAAGAAAUUGAAAAGUGUUGACAGAAACAUUUAUUGUUCCAACUGUUUCAUUAGGGAUAUCUUGAAUAAUGAAGUUACCAAAUUUACUUGCUGUCCACCUUCACAGAUGUCGGAUAAUAUCAACAAUAAGAGGCCUAAAUCAAUUGCUAGUCUCAUUUAUAAUUGACCAAGGAGAUACAUUUAAGUGGUGGUGUAUUGUUUAGUAACUGAUUGAAUAGAUCUGGUCUUGAAGGGACUAGCACUUGGAUUUAGACUAUUUCCCUGAUGAACUGCUAUGUUUAAAAGAAUCUGAAAUACUUUGGAAUAAUAAAUACGUUUUGUGUACUACAUUUUUUAAAUUCUUGGUCAUCUCUGUUAGCUGCAGAACUUUCCCUACCAUUUUGAAAAGUCUUGGACUUCUAGUGCUAUAAGGAUCUGCUAAAAUCGUUCUCUUCAGCAGAGAUCCUUAAAAAUAUGAUGUGAAAUUAUUGGUUUAAAAAUCUCAGUGGCCAUUUGACACUUUGAAGAGAACUGAAUUUUGCAAGAUCAGUUCCAAAGAACUGUGAGUCUGCAUCUGUGUGAGUGUGUGUAUGUGUGUGAGACAGAACGCCGGUAUUCUGAAAUUGAGUGUAAAUAGACAGUCUUCCAUAACUUAACUUGCAGUUACAAUGGCUUGCUAUAUAUUAAAAGAAAAAUAUGUUAAUGUAAAUAAGUGAAAUACUACCUGUCAUGAUUUUAAAAUGAUUUUUGAAAAUGGGAGUGAAAGAUGUGAAAUUCUACUAUGGGAAGACUUUGUGGAUUCUGUUUUCUAUAUCCAUUUUUUGUCAUUUGGUUCUAUACUAGGAUACUUUUUGUUACCUAUUUCAUGCCCAUAACUUAUUUAAUGUACUGUAUAAAGGAACCCAAACUGUUACAGAUGUAUUUAGUUUGUUUUACUCACAGUAGUCAAUAAAAAGACUAUAUUCACCUUACAA